CUGGAUACCUGGUCGCUUGAUGGUUUGGUUGCAGAAUUAACUUUCUAAUCUCUGGGAGCAAUCCACAUCGGAGAAGAAGCAAAAGGAGUGGAAUAAGAACAUCCCGAAGUGUGACACAAACCAAGGCAAUGUCAUCACUGUUGAAGGAGGAUCUCAACAAGAAGCUGUUCAGAACUCUAGGACAAAACUUAUAUGGGUUCAUCGAAAUUGAGUGUUCAGGCCAAGAUCGGUUUUAUCUCUGUGCUUCAGAUAUAGGGAGUCAUGAUGAAACUCAUUAUGUACAGUCUUCUCACGGAGAACACCACCACACAGGGUAUCUGGCCAUCCUUCCAGGACCUCUGAGUGGUUAUAAUAAAAAUUCAAAGACCUCUCAAAACAUUCUUCAUAUUUUUGAGGAUAAUCCAUGGUUUGAUAUGCAUUUCAAGCAAGUUUACACUUGGGAAGCUUACAGCUGUGCAUCUAAAUACGCCUUUGCAAGAAUAUUAAACCAGUUGAAUGAGAUGUACCUGCAAAAGGAUCUGAAGAUUGUGAACUUUGAUUUUACCUACAUUAACGAUGCAGCACUCUGGUCAUCAAAUAAUGGGGAUUGCUUAGUACUUAUGAGGAUCUGCUUUUAUGCAUUCAAUCUUGUGUGUCUAUCUCUGUGUCCCUUGCCAGGUUGACUGUUGUAGCUACAUCCAGAUUUGAAUACGGCUACUGAAAAGCUAGAUAUUCAGUACUAUAU